AAUGUAUUCAGAAAGAUUAGUCAGAGUUGCUUUGACUCUACCAAAAGUUGAAGGAAAUCUCAAAUGGGAAUCAGAUGCUUAAACAACUACUUCAAGAUCAAGUAUUAAUUAUUUCUAUCUAUAGGAAUCAUAUCAAUAAACUCUAAACCUUAAUAACUUGGAAAUAGAUUUCAUAAACAUGCAUUAACUUCUGUUACCAAUCCAAAAUAACUUUAACUCUAUACUCCUAUGUAAGAAAGUUUAAGAGCAAAGAGAUUAAAAAAUAUUCCUUAUUAACUUUAAUAUUUCACUCCAAAACUUCCUAAUAAAAAUUUCACUUCUAGCCACUUAAUGAGCAAUGAAUUACUUAAGACUACUACUGAUAAUAUUGAAAACAAAGAUAAAUGGCAAAUUAAAUCCCAUUUUACUAGAACUAAUAAUAUGUUCAGUUUAUGUUAAAUAAAAAAAACUGACAAAUUAGAGAAAAACAAUUAAAAAUCUUAAGAUUUAACUUAAAUAAGAAAAUAAAAUCUACACAAUAUUGAGAAUGAAAAAAUUAAAGUAAAUUAUCUAAUUAAUUAUCUUUAGAGAUAUAAUAAAUAUAGACAAGCAACAUAAAAAUUGAUAGAUCAAUUCGCCUAAUAAUUCAAGUCCAGAGCAAAAAUUGAUAAUUUCACUUUAAAUCUAUGA